AUGUAUCACAGAUUGAAGACUAUUAGAGACAUAGUUAGCCCAUCGACGAUAGAAAAGUUUAACGAGAUUAUAUGUAGUCAACUGAAACAGCAACUUACAGUCAAAGAUCAUUUAGGAUGUGGUGAUCAUAUGCUAUUUUUCAAUCCAGGUGACCAUAGGUUGAGUUCAGAUGGGUACUAUAGUUACUUAACUCCGAGGAAUGCCAGUGGUCGACAUAUAAACUUUAAGAGACGCAUGUGGGUGCAAGGAUCGCUGGAGUUCUUUCGACCCAUUGAAUAUGGUAAGGAAUACGUUUGUCAGGAGAACAUUAUUUUCGUGAAGAAGAUAAGACACGACCACUUCUUGAGAAUGAGUCGUGAUGUUACAGAUAUUGAGGGCUACUUAAAGUUGCGGGAAUUCCGUACGUUGGUUUAUACUGAUAGUGAGCCGGCACUCGCGAGUGAGCGAAGCGAUAGAGAGGUAAAAGCAGAUGCAUUGGUGCGAUUUACUUUUACUGAUGUAGAUAUAAUGAAAUACAGUUGUUUAACAUCAAAUACGCAUAGGAUUCACUGGGAUCUUAAUUACUGUAAAAAUUUUGAAGGAUACAGAGACAUAUUGGUCCAAGGACCGUUCACAGCGCAGCUGAUCAUGAAGGUGCUUGAAUUGGAAAAUGUAUCAGGAAUAAAAAGCAUAAAGUAUAAAAAUUCCAAUAUCAUAUAUAGAGGGACUUCUGUUGAGGUAUGCGUUAGUUCAUUAAACGGUGGGAACGUGUUUGUAUGGAUAAGAGAUGCUACGAACCCGAAGAUAACCUAUGUAGAGUCGACUGUUCAGCUUUGUAGAGCUAGUGCGUAA